AUGAAGGCAAAGCUGCUGGCAGACCAGCCACUGCUCGAGAAGUCAAGGGAAGAGGCGACGACCGUUGCAAUCUCAUUGGCAGGAGAUAAGGAGAAAGCAGCGCUGAUGGAACAAAGCUGCUCAAUCGAAAGAGCUGCAGCCGACGCAGCCCGUUUGGAAGCUCAGUCCAUACGUGAUGACUGUCAACGAGACAUAGAUGAAGUAAUGCCGCUCCUGCACCAAGCAAUUAAGGCCCUUGAAGCCCUAGACAAACGAGAUUUGCAGGAAUUAAAGUCAUUCCCUGCUCCACCAUCACUCGUCGAAACCGUCAUGAAUGCAGUGUGCGUCCUUCUGGGGCGUAAGGAGUCAUGGGAUGAAGCUAAAAAGGUUCUAAAUGACACCUCACUGUUGAUCACGUUGCGCGAGUACGACAAGGAUCACAUUCCGCCAAAGAUUUUGCAGCAGCUGAGCAAAUAUACCACUCUUGAUGACUUCCUCCCUGAGAGGGUCGCCAAUGUGUCAAAGGCCGCAACCUCUUUAUGCAUGUGGGUGCGAGCUAUAGAAAGCUAUGCGCAAGUGCUCAAGGUCAUGGAGCCUAAACAAAAGAGACUGACGGAGGCGGAAGCUGUUUUACUGAAGGCGGAGGACAAUUUGGCUGAUAAGCAGCGAUCUCUAGAUGACGUCCAAGCACGGGUCCAGUCCCUGACAGACCAACACGAUGCAUGCCAGGAGAGAGUCAAAGACUUGGAAAACCAAAUGCAGAUCACGGAACAGCGUCUUUCCAGGGCUGCAAAAGUCUUAUCUGGAGUAUCUGUGGAAGGAGCUAGAUGGGCAGUAGAUGCCAGAGCCCUACAGGACGACAUGUCCAACCUUUUGAGCGAUGUGCUUUUGGCAGCGGGUAUGCUUGUUUAUGCUGGGCCAUUUACUCGCGAAUAUCGCGAAGAGCUGAGCCGCCUGUGGCUGGCCGCUUGCCUCGAAGAGGGAUUGAAUGUCCGAGGAGACUUUUCCCUGGCUCGAACUAUGUCAACCCCGUCGGAGAUUAGGCAGUGGUCGCUCGAGGGAUUGCCAUCCGAUAUAGCUUCAAUUGAAAAUGCUAUUUUGGUCUGGAACUCUCCAAAACCUCCCUUGAUAAUAGACCCUGACGACCAGGGUACCCGCUGGUUCAGAAAACGCCACUUCAAAAGAGAGUUCAUGGAAGUCUCAUCCAGUGACGCUGAUCUGUUGCGAUCCCUAUCUGAAGCAGUCACUGCUGGGAUGAUAGUUCUUGUCACUCUUUCCGAGCCGGCGCUAGACCCAGCACUAGGAGCCUUGACAAAUACAGUGAAAGUCAAGCCAGAAGGACGGACCGUUGUUCACGUCGGCGACCACACCGCUCUCUGGAGUCCACAUUUCAGAAUGGUCUUGGCAACGAAAUUGUAUCCCUCGGAAUUAGCCCCCGAGAUGCAUAAUCAGCUAAGUGUCAUCAAUUUCAGGGUUACGCCGGCAAGCCUUGAAGAGCAAUUGCUCAACCAGAUCAUUCUCCACGAAGCGCCAUAUCUAGAAGAGCAACGCGGCGUGCUCGUAGUGAACAUUGCAAACGACCUGGAACUCAAGGCUGCAAUCCAGGAAAAAAUUCUUUCGCUUUUAGCCAACGCCGAAGGUGACAUACUUGCGGAUGACACCUUCUUGGAUAUUCUGAAUGACUCACGCUUGACAUAUGAGGCGAUUGAAAGACGCAUGGAAGAAGCUUCUACCACAUCUGACAGGCUUGAAGAAACCCGGAAACUCUACAACUCCCUUUCCCGUCGAGGGGCAUUGCUGUAUCUUGCAUUGCAAACUAUGUCCCACCUCCACCCAUUCUACCUAUGGUCCCUUGAGGCCUUCAAAGCGCGACUUCAGCUGACCUUGCUGCGUUGCCAAGAUACUGGCGAAGCCCGCGGAGAAAAACUCAAAGAUUCCCUUACUUGGGAAGUGUACUGCAACACUUGCAGGGGGCUGCUAGAGCCACAUAGGCUAGUCCUCGCAUUUAUGAUUGCAAAAUCUCUUGAUUCUGAGGCAGAUAACGUUCCGCAGAAAAUGCUUGAGUUCCUUUUGAGAGGAGCAACAGAAGGCGAUGCGGAUCCUGUCAAUGUCUCUAAGCCGCCUUGGACAAGCCUAGAGAUUUGGAACAAUAUUUGCUUUUUAGACAAGAUUGUUGGCGGUUGCUUUCGCGGAUUCGCCGAAGCAGCGGCAGAUGAGGACGGUGAAUGGAGGACCGUACUCGAGAAUGAGGAGGAAUUUCCGCCACAGUUGCCCAAACUCCGCGGAGAAGAUCUAGGGGAUUUUGCUUCUUUAGUUGCCAUCAGGGCCAUCAGGUUUGCUCUUCACCCAUUUGUGGGCGCAGCAAGCAUGUAUUUGAAUUCCUUUAACAUCGCCAGCAUGCUAGAGUUAUCGAAGGCAUUGGAAGAGUCUACGCCAUUAACGCCUUUAAUCUUCAUCCUGUCUCCUGGAAGUGACCCAUUAGGGUCAAUAAAGGUUCUAGCUGCUCGUCUCUCGUUACCUGAAGGCCAUCUGCACUUUCUGUCGCUUGGACAGGGCCAGAUAAAAGCAGCCGAGAAAGUAUUGCAGGAAGCCAGGGAGCAGGGCCAUUGGGUUUGCCUGCAAAAUUGCCAUCUGGCUGAGACAUUCAUGCCUUUUCUUCAGCAACUGUAUGAACGCUUCCACCAGGAAGAAAUGCACCCGCGGUUUCGCCUGUUCAUGACAUCACAGCCUACAAACAUCCUUCCAACCAGCAUACUCAAGCAAAGCAUCAAAAUUAUCACUGAACCACCGACUGGCCUUCGAGAUAAUAUCUUGCAAACAUUCAGUGACUUAGAGAACUGCGGGGCAGAGGACAUUGCAGAGUGCCCCAACUACAAGCGCUGGCUUUUCUCCCUAGCACUUUUCCACUCCAUUAUUUCGGAACGACGAAAAUAUGGAGCGCUCGGCUGGAACAAGGCCUACGAAUGGACAGUUUUCGACUUCCGAGUUUCCCAGCAAAGCUUGUUCGAGGCUGCAUCUGCUGCUGAAGAAGAAAGGAUGCCGUGGGAUAGGAUAGUCUUUUUGACAGCAGACAUACAUUACGGAGGUCGUGUGACUGAUCAAGUGGACCAAAGGCUGCUCGCUUCACUAUUAAAACGCUGCUUUUCCGCAGCUGACAUUGAGUCUCACGUUGCAGACCCAUUGUUACGAGGAUAUGUCCUUCCAUCGGACUACGGUUACGAGGAUAUGACGGAAUUCGCCAUGUGCCUGCCAGCUGAUACGGCUCCUCAGAUUCUGGGCCUUGACCCUGGAGCUGCGUUGGUGUACAAGGAGAUGCAGAGCAGUCGACUUCUAGACUCUCUUGUCAGGGCCCACAGGGAAAUGCAAACGCACGCAGGAGGGAACAGAGAGGAAAGCCUCACGAGCAUGGUUUCAGAAGUACUAAGCAAAGUGCCUGAGGAUAUUUCUGAGGAAACAGCUAGCAAGGAGGUGUUUCAGUCCCACGAAAACUCCCAAAUAGGGCUCUGUGAGCUGACUCCGCUGAGUAACUUCCUCAAAGGAGAGCUUUGCAGUUACAAUGUGCUCCUCUCAUUUAUCCGAAUGACCCUCACCCAGCUUCUCGAGGCACUACGGGGCUGGUGCGUCAUGACUGAGGAUUUGGAUAACCUCAGUAAGGACUUAUACUUCCAGAAGGUCCCCACAGCGUGGAUUGCUGCAUCCUAUCCUUCACAACUCAGCCUUGGGGCAUGGCUUCAUGAUCUUGGGAAGCGCAUUACUAGCACGAAGCGCUGGGCACAAAACGGCCCACCUACGGUCUUCAACAUAGCAACAUUUUACAAUCCGCAAAGUUUUUUCAAAGCGACCUUGAGGGUUGUCGCCCGUGUUUUAAAGGAUAGACAACUGUUGAUGGAACCAACUUCUCUUAGAAACAUCCUAAACAAAAGAAUACUUGGCAAAUUUGGAUCGCCUCAGGAGCCCCCGUCCAGUGUCUCACUGUGUGCGGCCUUCUCUGAUCACGAGAACAAAUCUGGCCCGCAAAAUCCUGAAGAUGUCGAAAUCUUCAUCACAGGAGUUUCCCUCCAGGGGGCUGCAUGGUCCGCUGAAGAUAGAGUGCUUCGUGACGCGAAUCCACAUGAAAGGUUCCAGCAGAUGCCGCCUAUUCACUUGGUCCCCAAGCUGUCUCCAGCGGAACAAGGAAGGAGAUAUAAGUUAGCAUAG